AUGUCACCGCCCACAUCAGAAGCGUCUUGGCCGGCAGGCAUUCCGGAGAUCCGCCAGCAUCCAACGGACUUAUACCAGGAAGAGCUCAGGGAAGAGGCCAAGGGAUGGUUGCUAUUUGUACGGGAAAAGUUUCAGCCCGCAUCGACUCCUGAAGAUGGGCUACGUCAACGGCGAGCGCUAAUAGAGCAAUGGGCCACCGCCAGUCAAGAGUUCCGCGAGACCUACCAUAGUCGUUCCGCAGGAUACAGCUCGGCUUUCGACUACCCCGCCUCGAUUCUUUCGCAGAUCGCCCCACGACCCAACAAACGCUUCUUGUGCCUGCCACCCGUGGACCGGCAGACCCAUUCGCGUAACUAUAUCCACCUCGUGAAGUUCCUGAUUUUGUUGUAUAUCCACCAAGACGAAUGGAAUGGGGUACACCCCUUCGAAGAGCAUGGAGCAGGCACCGCUCCUAACUACCACCUUCCGGACCUCCUUGGCUGCGGGCCCACCACCUUCGACGAGAUUCUCCCCUCGCUGUAUCUCACCCCAGCGGAUUUCCACGCCCUCUCCAUGACCCGCCAGGGCACGGUGGUGUUUGCCAACGGGCCGAACCUCACGUGGUUCGUGAUCGAUGCGCCGGGACUUGCCACAGGGCGACUGGCCUUGGUGGACUUUAACUCAAAUGGCCACGUCCGCGUCUUGACCCUUCGUCGACCCUGGAAUAUGGGCCAAACAAUGGCCUUCGAGCAAAUUCUGGGUAGAUAUCUUGGCGAGAUUGUUGAGUCAUGCAUUGGAGGCCCGCCGCAGUAUAACGAAGUCUUGGAUAUGGAUCUUCCUAUUCUUGACAUCUUGGAGUCAACCCGGUUGAAUAACAAGUUCCUCUUCUCGGGCUACGGAUCUCGGGACCUCUGGAUCCGCCUUAUCAACGAGAGUGCGCCGGGAUAUCUGGAUCUGGAGGCCGAAGGACGGGAGGUGGAAUUCGAGCUAGAUAAAUUGCUGGUUGUUGAUCUUUGA